ACAGGUCGCGCGCUCCCUGCUGCAGCCUCCAUCUCGCGGGAGCGCGCGGACCUGCUGCUGAACAAACAUCAAACAAUCCGCGCGUGUCACGGUACCGACAGAGACACGCCCCCAGCGGGAGGAGGAGGCGCGAGGAGGGGAGAGAGAGACAGGAGGAGGGUUCCGGUCGUCUCGCGCAGCACCUGUGACCGGAGCACGAGCCUCUUCAUCUCUCCGCUCGGUUCGGUUCAGUUCGGGUCCUGUCCGCGGCUCCGGCCCCGCUCCCCGACCCCCCCCCCCUCUCUCUGCGGGGAAACACUUGUCGCAGCGCGCGGCUCACUGCGGGAUCAGUGCGGGGAUCAGUGCGGGGACCGGGAGACUCCGGCGGGGAGACCCGGAGAGGAGACCCGGAGAGGAGCAUGUGUGCGGCGGAUCACAGCCCGCUCCGUGUCCGGAGAACCGGCUGCUCCUCAUGACUUGUUGCUGCGCGCGGAGGGAGGAUUUACCGGAGGAGUACCGGAGGAUUUACCGGAGCUGAACUUUAUUCCUGAGUUUGACUUUCUGCAGUUUCGGGUCCAGACGAACAGAACCGGGACUGACGGUUAGUUUGUUUGGUUUUACGCAGAGGUUCCGGUGCGUAAAACCGUCCGGGUCUCCAGGAGGAGCUCGGUCCGCUCGGUCCGUUACUGCUGCCGGUUCUGAUGCUCUGUCGGUACCGCUCCGCCUCGUGAAUCCGCCUCUGACGAGCCCCCGUUCAGCUCCAGGUCCAGGAUGGCAGCGGGAGUGGCGGCGUGGCUGCCGUUCGCCCGCGCGGCGGCCAUCGGCUGGAUGCCGGUGGCCGGCGCGCCGAUGCCGGUUCCGCCGAAGGAGAAGCGGCGCGGGCGGGACGGGCUGAUCAUGCUGAACGUGAGCGGGACAAAGUUCCAGACGUGGCGGGACACGCUGGAGCGGUACCCGGACACGCUGCUGGGCAGCACCGAGCGGGACUUCUUCUUCCACGAGGACAGUAACGAGUACUUCUUCGACCGGGACCCGGACAUCUUCCGACACAUCCUGAACUUCUACCGGACCGGGAAGCUGCACUACCCGCGGCAGGAGUGCAUCUCCGCGUACGACGAGGAGCUGGCGUUCUUCGGGAUCAUCCCGGAGAUCAUCGGGGACUGCUGCUACGAGGACUACAAAGACCGGCGGCGGGAGAACCAGGAGCGGAUCCAGGACGACGAGGAGAUGGACCCGAACAACGACCCGGUGUCAGCUGACAUGACCUUCCGGGAGACCAUGUGGCGGGCUUUCGAGAACCCGCACAGCUCCACCAUGGCGCUGGUCUUUUAUUACGUUACCGGUUUCUUCAUCGCGGUUUCGGUUCUGGCCAACGUGGUGGAGACGGUACCGUGCGGUACCGCACCGAACCGCGUGAGGGAGGCAUCGUGCGGUGAGCGGUUCGCGGUGGCGUUUUUCUGCCUGGACACGGCGUGCGUGAUGAUCUUCACGGUGGAGUACCUGCUGAGGCUGCUGGCGGCGCCGAGCCGGUACAGGUUCGUGAAGAGCGUGAUGAGCAUCAUCGACGUGGUCGCCAUCAUGCCGUACUACAUCGGUCUGGUCAUGACGGACAACGAGGACGUGAGCGGCGCCUUCGUCACGCUCCGGGUCUUCAGGGUGUUUCGGAUCUUCAAGUUCUCGCGGCACUCGGCCGGGCUCCGGAUCCUGGGCUACACGCUGAAGAGCUGCGCCUCGGAGCUGGGCUUCCUGCUCUUCUCGCUCACCAUGGCCAUCAUCAUCUUCGCCACCGUCAUGUUCUACGCCGAGAAGGGCUCCGCCGCCAGCAAGUUCACCUCCAUCCCCGCCGCCUUCUGGUACACCAUCGUCACCAUGACGACGCUGGGGUAG